AUGGCAGCUCCAGUUAGUAAAAGAAUUAAGACGUUGUCAGUGACUCGACCAAUAGUUUUUGGGAAUACUGCUAAAAAGUUUGGCGAUGUAAGACCACCUAAUGCACCAACAGAGCAUACACAUUUAUGGACUAUUUUUGUGAGAGGACCACAGAAUGAGGAUAUUUCUUAUUAUGUUGAAAAGGUCGUAUUUAAGCUGCAUGAUACAUACCCAAAUCCUAUAAGAACUGUUGAGGCACCACCAUUUGAAUUGACUGAAACCGGUUGGGGUGAAUUCGAGAUUAAUAUAAAAAUUUAUUUUGUGCAAGAAUCGGGAGAAAAAAAUAUCAGUUUUUACCACCAUUUAAGACUUCAUCCGUAUAUUUUUACCACAGACCAAAAACCAAUACCAGAACAGAUGAAUGAAGUCAGUUCGUCUUUUUAUGAUGAGAUCAUUUUUAAUGAACCAAACGAAGCUUUCUUCAAGAUUUUAAUGAGCAAGCCAGGUAAUUUGUUACCAUCUAAUAAGACUAAAGAUUGUGUAUUCUCCAAACAAUUGGAACAAGAAGAGAUUUAUAGAAUUCAGAAUGGUAUAAAUACAAUCAAGGGACAAAUUGAGGAACUGAAGGCGAAUAUAACCCAAAAAUUGAAAGAAAAUGAAUCAAAAAAUUGA